AUGUUUACCCAGCUCUGGGCCCUGUUCCAUAGCUUCGCGGACUGGAUCCUCGGUUUCUGCAAGCUCUGUCAGAAUCGUGAAGUUGGCUGGCAGACACUUGAUCGCCGCACCGGCAAAUACAAGCGGGAACAGCAGCCGCUAUGGAAGAAAUUCAAGCUGAUAAUGCUGUUCAAUCCGAUUAUGGACUGGAUUGAUAGCACGUCGUUCGUGAGAAUGUGGAUUCAUGAGAAGACUGUAAAUUCUGGUAAGAAAGAAGGGACCCUGGCAUCUCAUUCCCAGAUCAAGUCCUUUGUCGAUUUUUUCCAUAUCAACAUGAACGACUUUGAACCUUCCGAGAUAUCCAAGUACCGCACGUUCGAAGACUUUUUCGUUCGAAAACAUAAAGUCGGGGCACGACCCGUCCACAAAGCGUCAGAUCCUUCAGAGGCAUGCAUUGCCGCCGAUUCGCGUGUCGUUGUGUACCCAACAGUGACGGCAACCCGGAGUCUAUGGAUUAAAGGGAAACAUUUCACGAUUGGAAAUCUGAUCCAGGAUGAGAAAGCUGCGGAGCCGUGGGCCGAUGGCGCUGUUGCAAGUUUCCGAUUGAGCCCGCAAGAUUACCACAGAUACCAUUCACCCGUCAAGGGCACUGUGAAAUGGUAUAAGCGCAUCCCUGGAGAUUAUUAUCAAGUAGAUCCGAUAUGCUUGCAAAGCGGAGUGGACAUUCUGACCCGGAACGCGCGAUGUUGCAUAUGCAUCGACAGCAAGGAAUUUGGUUCAGUGCUGUUUGUCGCCAUCGGUGCGACGGAUGUGGGCGACGUAGAAAUCCGACCCGAGUUGCAAAAGCCUGGCUAUUCAUUGGAAAAGGGAGAAGAGGUUGGCCUGUUCCAAUUCGGCGGAUCUAGUAUCAUUGUCGCAUUCGAAAAAGGAAGGAUUGAAUUCGACGAUGAUCUGGCCACCAUGAGUAGACGAAAGAUCAUGGUGGACGUUGAGGUCGGAAUGAGCAUGGGACGCGUUCCACCGAAAGGGAUCUAG